AUUUUUCAUCGAUGUUUUUCCGAAAUCCCUAACCCACCCUAAUCCUCGUACUAGCAACGAUUAUCAUCAUGAAUUGAUGUGCAUUCCAGACUCCUGUUUUAAAUAAAUUUAAUGUCAUCUGUUGAUAACACAAAGGAUUGCUUAGCUUGUCGCUUAAUUAGCGGCUUUGGUUUAAUUGCAAUGGGUGCUUACAUAUUAUCACAAUCAAAGAAUCGCAGAAAAAUUGAAAUGAAUACCAUGCGUUUACUUUCAGGAGGCAUAAUGUUCCUUGGCAUAGCGCGACUUUCUAAUGCAAGUUUUCUAAAAAGCAAAUAAGAUACAUUUUUGCUUGACAAAAACAUUAUAAUAUAAAGUUUUAUAUUCUUAACAUUAGCUUAAGUCAAAU